GAAUUAUUCUAGCCUUGAUACACUCUGUUAUUAGGUGAACGGUCAGCGCGGAGACUCUAAAGAAUAUGAGGCAACAGCUUUUGACAAUGAAGAUAACUUACUGCGUAAAGCGGCAGACAAAGUAAGGAGGGAGAAAGAUGACGAAAUGCCAGACUUUUAUGAUCCGGAAGAAGAUGAAGAUAACGAACACUGGGUUCAACAACACCGAGAACGAUUGAAAAUUAUACCUCCUUCAGCUGGAGAUGCAGACGGAGGCUGUAAAAGCGGUACUGAAGAUUACUGCAGUUAUCAGACUGAUGCUGUUCUUUCAUGUCCUGCUUGUAUGUCUUUGCUUACUCGGGACUGUCAGCGCCACGAGUUUUAUAAAAAUCAAUACAGGGCGAUCUUUGUGGAAAACUGUAAAGUAGUUACAGACAAACUGCUCUUCUUACCACAGCAAGACCAGAAGAAGAAAAGAAGGAGGAGUAAAAAGGACGAUAAAGGCCCAAAACCAAGAGAAUACGUAGUACCUUCUGAUCUUACUGGUAUUCCAAAAGAGGACUUAUUUUACCCAGUUCAGUGCAGCGUGUGCUCUUUGAAUGUUGGUGUUUUUGACCACGACGAAGUCUACCACUUUUUCGACGUUUUAACUGGUUACGCAUAA